AUGUCUAUGUAUUUGCAUCAACCCAUCGGCGGACCCAGCGGGCGGGUGUGCCGGGUGUGCCGUGCCCUGGUGGCCCACCACAUCCUUUCCCCAUUCCCAUCCCGCGAGAGAGGCAGGGAGCAUCGAGAGGCAGCGAGCGGAGCAGGACGCCGCGACCUGCUAGGGCUCGCGCUCAGCCGCCUGCCCACUGUUGCUCGGCGCCUCCUCGGCUCCUCGCCGGUCGCCGCGACCGCCGGUCCUCCCCUGCUCCCCUCGUCCCAUCUGGCCCCGGCUCCCCCGCUCCAUCGCGCUCCGGCUCCGGCGCCCCGGCCAUCUGCCCUUCGCGGCUCCGCCCCUCCGGUCUUCCCCCGUUCCGGCGCUGCUGCCUCCGGUCCUCCCGCUCCGACGUUGCGUCGCUGCUCGCCCAAGGCAGAGCGGUUGGUUGUGGUACAUCUGAAGAUGAAGAGGAAUGGUGACAUUAAGUCAUUUUUUCAAAAUUAUGAGGCAAAAACAAGAAAGGUUGCAGCCCAAGAGCAACAUGAACCUGAUAUUGAUCCACCUCCACUGCCUCCACUCCAUUCGGAUUCAGAGAUUGACACUGAUAUUUAUUCACCUCCAUUCCAUUCCGAUCUAGAAAUUGACAUUGAUAUUGAUGAUGAAGCGCCACGACAACCAUCACCUCAACAUCCAAAUGCAAGAUCAUAUAAUAUUCAAAGGCUUCCAACUGAUCCAGGGGAAAGGAUUCCUAUUUCAGAGUAUGAUGUUGGUGAUCAAGAUGAAGUUCGGAGACGGUACAUUGCAAAGAAUGCAGUCCAACCAUAUGCACAAAACUUUGAAGUCAAGAAAAUGUAUGGUAAAAAUCGACACUUCAACUUUGUUUGGUUUGAGAACUAUAAAUGGCUAGAAUAUAGUGUCAAAUAUGAGGCAGCAUUUUGCUUUGUGUGUUAUUUGUUCAAAGGCAAAUCGAAUGGGGGACCUAGGGGUGAUGCAUUUGUUAAAGGUGGUUGGAAAAUUUGGUAUAGGCCUGAUGCAUUAGACAAACAUGAAGGUGGUAUAAAUAGCAUUCACAGCAAAGCUCCAGAGAAAUACAAUUUGUUUGUGGCACCCCAACCAUCAAUUGAUGAUAUCAUUGUGAGGGUGUCUAAAAAGGAUCUACGUAUGUACAAGGCUAGGCUAACUUAUUCACUUAGAUGCUUGAGGUUUCUUUUGAACCAAGGAUUGGCAUUUCGUGGACAUGAUGAAAGCGAAGACUCUAGCAAUAGGGGGAACUUUCUUGAACUUCUUAAAUGGCUUUCUGUAAAUGAUGAAGAAGUUAAUAAGGUUGUUCUCAUGCAUAUUGUUAGCAUGUAUUCCACAAUUCUUGAGGUACUUGACGCCAUUGGAAAAGAUCCUUCACAAAAAGGUGAGUGGACAAGAAUACGUGGAGUUACUCAAGCCAUUGAAUCAUUUGACUUUGUUUUCAAUCUUCACUUGAUGCUUGUUAUUCUUGGCUAUACAAAUGAGUUGUCCAAAUCUUUGCAAAAGAGAGAUCAAGAUAUUGUUAAUGCAAUAGCACUUUUUAGUUUGGCAAAGAGUAGAAUGCAACACAUUGUUAGGAAAGCAACUUAUCUGUAUUGAAGGCCCAAGGGGCAUAUAUAUAUUACA